AUGCAGCUGAAGCAAGGUUCCAUGUCUGUGGCUGAGUACAUUAACAAGUUCGAAGAGCUUUGUAGGUUUUCUCAGGUGUGUCGGGGUGACUCGGAGACUUACAAAAGUUGGAGAUGCGUUAAGUACCAGAGGGGUUUGAAGAACAACAUUAUGACUGUUGUGGCUCCUAUAGAGAUCUGUGUCUUCUCUGACUUGGUGAAUAAGGCUAGAGUAGUGGAGGAGUAUGCCAAGACCGUGGCGGCAUCUAAGGACACUCAUGGAGGGAGCUCUAGUCGUGGGCGUAUUGGUUUAGGUGGUUGCUUCAAGUGUGGGAUGCCUGGCCACAUUGCGAAGGAUUGCCCUCGUUGGAGGAAUCAGAAUGCGGGCCAGAGUCAACAUCAAGGUCGAGUCUUUGCUGUGAAUGCCAAGGAUGCCUCCAAGGCAUAUCCGUUGAUGAGAGUUAUGACUAGGUCAGGUUGUAGACAAGUAGAUUUCAAGCUUGAGAGUAGAGAUUUUGUGCACGAUUUGAUCUGUUUACGAAUGGUGGGACUUGAAGUGAUUUUGGGAUUUGAUUGGUUGUCGAAGAACCGGGUUCUGUUGGAUUGCUUUGAACGGACAAUUCGGUUCAUGCCAGAAGGAGAGAAUGGGGCAGUGGUAGCUACGGGGUAUUACCUGAACUCUGUAAUGGUGCAUUGUCGUGAAGAGGAGUGUCAAGGUUAUAUUCUGUUGGCUACGGAUACGUUGGGUGAUGCCUAG